AUGUCAUCAUUCUCCACAGCAGCAUUGCAAAGUCUAGACGACAAAUCCAGGAAGGAAAUCAUGAACUUUGUCGAAGCUGAACAGUCGAAAUCCAAAAUACAAACUGCAGUGCACAGCUUCACCGACAUGUGUUUCAAGAAAUGUAACAAGAACGCCCCCAUAAUAUCACCGAAAUUAGACGUGAAAGAAGAGCAGUGUUUGGUUAACUGCUUGAAUAGGUUCUUGGAUACGAAUAUCAAAGUUGUGGAAGCAUUGCAGGGGAAAUAA